UCCUCUUCUUCUCAUUCACAGCCUCACAAUCUCUUAUCCAGUCACUAAGAAUCCAAUAAGAUUUCCUUUUGUAGUAAUUUCUCCUUCUAUAUUUCUGGGUUUUUGUUAAUUACUUAUUCAUUUACAGAAUUUCAAGGAUCUUCAGAUUUCAUAGGUAAGGGGUAAAAGGUGAUCAGCGGUGGCUUUGGAGACUGAAAUAUUGGUUUUCAACUUUUUCCCCUCUGGGGCAAGUUCGUCUUGCCUGUUAUAUUACUACUUUUAGUAACUAUAACUGUUUAGUGUUUAAACAGUUUUUGGCCCAAUUGAGUUUAGUGUUUGAAAGGGUGGGAAAGCUAGAUGAAUUUGAUGGGGGGAAUUCCUGGGUUAUGGAAAUAGAUUUGGGUUUAAGGAUUAAAGUGUUAGGCUAAGUGGAAGCUUUUUCAUAGAACUCUGGCAUUUUCUGAUUUCAGGUGAAAGUGGGGUCGUUUAGUUUGUUUUGUGAGCAAAAUGGACUCCCCCUUUUCAUCUAAAGAGAAAGGGAAUAAUAGUUGGGUUCCUCCCAGAGCUCAGAUGGAGGGUUUGGGUGGCACUGGCAGGACCAGGAAUUCACUUUCAGAGGAUCCUUUUAACUUUUCAGACCUCAUGAACUUUGAUUCGUAUGCUGGGUGGUUUAAUAGUCCUUCAGCAACAGAUCAGGUGUUUGCUUCCUUCAAUUUGUCCUCCUAUCCGUCCUUGCCCUAUACCUCUUUCGAUUCACUACCUAUCACAGGACAACAUUCUGGAACCUUUGUUGAAACUUCUGACGCAUUGAAUGGCAUGGAUGGUUCUUAUAGUUGUGGGGACAAACUGGUGUUCCAGCAAACAGAUACACACAUUGGUAAUUCAUUGGUUCCAUCUGAAGCAGAAUUAGGUUCUUCGGAUUUGUCUAAUCCAUUGGUUUCUAUGCCAACUAGACCCUCACUUGAUGAGAAGAUGCUUAGAGCACUGUCCUUGCUUAAGGAGUCAUCUGGAGGGGGCAUUUUGGCACAAGUUUGGGUUCCAAUCAAGCAAGGAGAUCACUAUAUGCUGACCACUUCUGAACAGCCCUAUUUGCUAGAUCAGAUGCUUUCGGGUUAUCGUGAAGUUUCAAGGACAUAUAUCUUCUCUGCAGAACUGAAACCGGGUUCUUUCCCCGGGCUUCCUGGUCGUGUUUUUAUCUCUAGAGUUCCUGAAUGGACUUCUAAUGUAAUCCAUUACAGUAAGGGUGAGUACUUGCGAGUUACACAUGCUGUCAAUUACAAAAUCCGUGGUUCCAUUGCCUUGCCAAUUUUUGAACCUCCUGAGAUGACUUGUUGUGCUGUGCUGGAACUUGUCACUAUGAAAGAGAAACCCAAUUUUGAUUCAGAAAUGAAAACUGUCUCCCUUGCACUCCAGGCUGUGAAUUUAAGGACCUCCGCUCCUCCACAACCUCUUCCUCAGUGCCUCUCGAGGAACCAGCAAGCUGCAUUAGCUGAAAUAACUGAUGUUUUACGUGCUGUAUGUCAUGCACAUAGUUUGCCCUUGGCUCUAACAUGGAUUCCUUGUAAUUACACUGAGGAAGCUGUGGAUGAAAUUUUAAAAAUACGCGGUGGAGAGGGUAAUAAACAUCAGGAGGGUAAGUGUGUCUUACGUGUUGAAACUACAGCCUGUUAUGUUAAUGAAAGGGAGACGCAGGAUUUUGUGCGUGCUUGUAUGGAACAUUAUCUUGAGGAAGGAAAAGGUACAGCUGGAAAAGUGCUUCGGUCUAAGCAUCCAUUCUUCUCUACUGAUGUGAAGACUUAUGACAUUAGUGAGUAUCCGCUUGUUCAUCAUGCACGCAAGUGUAACCUGAAUGCUGCCGUUGCCAUCAGGUUGAGGAGCACCUACACUGGUGAUGAUGAUUAUAUAUUGGAGCUUUUCCUUCCUAUUAACUUGAAAGGAAGUUCAGAACAGCAACUCUUGUUGAAUAACCUCUCAGGUACUAUGCAACGAAUCUGUAGGAGUUUGAGAACAGUUUCAGAUGUGGAAAUUAUUAGAGAAGGGCCAAAAAUUGAGGUUCAGAGGGAAGCAAUCUCAAACUUCCCCUCAUUGUCUAUAUCUAGGAGGGGUUCGGAAAUGGAAUUAUCUGCUGAUAGUGAAAUGAAAUCUAGUGAUAGAGUUCCCAAUGUAUCGAUUUCAAGAAGUGAUGGAAAGGAAGCUGAUGGUCCUCGUGAACAGGCAAUGAGCGGACCACGAAGGCAGAUAGAUAAGAAGAGAACUUCAGCAGAAAAGAAUGUUAGCUUGAGUGUUCUUCAGCAGUAUUUCUCAGGGAGUCUAAAGGAUGCUGCAAAAAGCCUUGGUGUUUGCCCCACUACACUGAAAAGGAUAUGUAGACAACUUGGGAUCUCAAGAUGGCCGUCUCGAAAGAUUAACAAAGUGAAUAGAUCAUUAAAAAAAAUACAAACUGUUCUCGACUCUGUGCAAGGGGUGGAAGGAGGAUUGAAGUUUGAUCCAUCAACAGGAGAGUUUAUUGCAGCAGGUACCAUCAUGCAAGAAGUUGAUACCCAGAAAACACUACUACUCUCCGAUAAGAACCUUCCCGUCCAAAUUCUUGAACUGGUUGGUCAAGAGAAAUCAUCAGCGUCACUAGAAUCUUACCCCGAUGAAGAAAAUUCAGUGGUUAAGUUGGAGGAAGACGAGUGUUCCUUUGGUGGAAACAACGGCAAGGCUGCAAGGAGUGUGCUUGUUCCAAAUACCCGUGAUGAAGUAAAAAAAUCUAGCAUCCCUCUUAUUGAUUGUAGUGAUGACUCUAAGUCGGCUUCUCUAGAUGCAGGAUCAUUCCAGGCAGGUAGCAUUGGCACCACCCCUUGGACUUGUUCAGAAAAUGGAACCAUUGGUUCUUAUUUACGAAAAGGGCAUAGCAUGACAGACUCUUCAAAUGGAUCUGGUUCAAUGUCACAUGGAAGUUCAUCAAGCUCUGAAAGUUUUGAGAAGGCUAAGAAUUCUGAAGUGAAGACAAUCUGUGUUGAUAGCAGCUCAAAAAUUACUGUGAAAGCUACGUACAAAGAUGAUACAGUCCGUUUUAAGUUUGAGCCAUCUGCUGGGUGCUUUGAACUAUAUGAAGAAGUUGCGAGGAGGUUCAAACUUCAAACUGGGACAUUCCAACUCAAGUAUUUAGAUGAUGAAGAAGAAUGGGUAAUGUUGGUUAGUGACUCAGAUUUACAGGAGUGUCUGGAAGUUAUGGAAUACGUCGGAACGCGCAAUGUGAAGUUUCAAGUCCGUGAUGUGCUUUGUGCUAUGGGCAGUUCUGGUGGCAGCAACUGCUUUUUGGGUGGAAGCUAAUAGCCAAUUGCGAGGGAUGCAAUCUCAUAGUGAUUCCUCCAACUCUAUCCAGGUUCUAUUCUUAGAAGGGAAGAUGUAAUUCUCUAAAAGAAGGCUUUCUACAUUGAUGUGUUACUCGAUUCGCUUCCCAUGGUGUUCCAAAAUAAAUGGUUGCUCGGCUCAACGAUGCUGUUCUUGGAUUAUUGAAUGAGUUCAUAAUAUAUGUUGUUUUAUAGGUUUGUGGACAAUAGAAAUUCUUAGGGGGUAUAGCAAAGGGCAUUUAUUUUUAUUUGAACUUCGAUAGUUAUAUUUAAAGGGAAACAUUCAACCUAUAUGAAAAAAUUGUGACCCCUCAUUUGU